AGUUUUGGUGAAGAAUGUGUGAUUGCGGAGAUGCAAUUACAUGCAGUCUACAGAACAAGAAAGACUAACAGCACACAGCAAGAGACAGAGCAUGCACAAUGAAGGUCAAUAAUUAAUGGUCAAUUUCUGGAUGGACAACAUGAUAAAUCAGACAGAGUUGCAGUAUACUGGUGACAGUCUUUGGUACCAGAACCACCUCCUCAAUAUCACAGUGUCCAAUGUCUCAUGGACCUUCCAGUCACCUUUUUCACCGGCUAUGGACAAGGCCAUUAGUGCCAUUACCAUCUUCAUUCUGUUCAUCACCAUGAUUUCCCUGGGUUGUACCAUGGAGAUCUCCAAGAUUAAAACCCACAUUCUGAAACCCAAGGGUGUAGGCAUCGCUGUGAUAGCCCAGUAUGGCGUUAUGCCCAUCACAGCCUUUGCUUUGGCCAAAAUGUUUCAGCUUGGUGCUAUUGAAGCAGUGACCGUUCUCAUCUGUGGUUGCUGUCCAGGAGGAAACUUGUCCAACAUCUUUGCUCUUGCUAUGAAUGGAGAUAUGAACCUCAGUAUUGUGAUGACAACAUGCUCCACAGUGCUGGCCCUGGGAAUGAUGCCACUGCUGCUAUAUCUCUAUUGUCAGGGAUUCUCGAAUUUGGAGAAUGCAGUUCCCUAUGGAGGCAUCACCAUGGCCCUGGUCAUGACACUGGUCCCCUGUGCCAUUGGGAUAGCCAUCAAUGCCCGGGUGCCACGCUAUUCGCAGAUCAUUGUGCGGGUGGGGCUGGGUGCUCUGCUGAUGGCCUCAGUGGCAAUAGGAAUCCUCUCUGGCAUUACAAUAGGGAGAACUGUCUGGGUGGUCCUGUCUCCUUCGCUCAUAGCCACAGCUUCCCUAAUGCCACUCACUGGCUACCUGCUGGGGUACAUCUUGUCCUCCAUCUUCUGCCUCAACGAGCAGUGUAAAAGGACAGUGUCCAUGGAGACAGGCUGUCAGAAUAUCCAGCUGUGCUCAACCAUCCUUAAAGUGGCAUUCCCCCCAGAAGUAAUUGGACCCUUGUACCUGUUCCCACUCAUAUACAUCCUUUUCCAGUCUGGGGAGGCCAUGAUCUUAAUAAUUGCCUUCAGAUGUUACCGAAGGCUUAGGCUUCCUGUAGAAGAGCCACAAAAGACGACCUAUGUGUCUGUCGACAUCAAUGCAGAAGAAAUGAAGAUAUGAGGCUCCCAUAAAUACACAAGCAAAUACGCCAGAGCAAGGUCAAACUGCAUGCUAACAAAUAUAUUUAAGUGAACACCCUUACUUUUUGUGAAUCUCUAAGGAUUUCGCUCAAUAGUGCAAGAAUAAUGUCUGUUUUGUGAAGAUAUUUUCAUGCAGCAGUGGCCUUAUGAGGGGGCUGGACUGUAGAAUGUAGAAUACUUUAUUGCACUGACCUUAUUGUCUCUCGAUUGUCCUCAGUUACACAAAGAAUAAAACAUGAGGUCUUUGAUAUGGACAAACCUGGCUAUGUCACACCUGAACUAUGAAAUGAGAAAGCGAGAUCAAAGUAUCUGUUACUUCAUAGUGUACUCACAGUUGGUCUAGAAAAAUCUCUUUAAUAAUUUCAGUGAAAAUACAGAAAGCAUAAAAGCAUCAUCUAAAUAUACAAAACAAAUAUGGGGUUUCUGGUUUAUAUAAUUUUUUCUUCAUCAAUGUUUUACGUGGAGAAAAUAUAAUUUGUCUGUAUAAUAUGCCCAUUGAAGCUCUUAAAAUUUAUUUCCAUAACUUCUGUAAUUGGAACAAUUUAUACAAAACAGCAAAGGAUAUGGUAUUUCAAAUUAGUUAUAAAAAUGUUAAAUUCACCCAGGCUUUGUUCCCGUUUAUGAAACAUUUUUUAUAAAUCCCAUCUUUCAAACACUUAACCAAACUUGUGGACUGUAAUUGUAUAUAAAGUUUCUCUAUCAGUUAUUAAUGUAACAGAAUUAGUUAUUAUUAAUUACAGGGCAUUAGAUAUAUUUAACCAGAACUGUUAUGUACCUGAAUUAAAAUCUUUGGGUUGUUGUUUUUUUUUGUAAGAAAUAGUAUGUGAUUUUCAAAUUGGUAUUUUCAUUUCUGCACAUCUGAACUUGUAUUUGCAUUGUUAAUAAGAGAACAACCACCAUCUGUAAACAUCUGAUUUCCAAAUCACAGAUGGAAGACGAAGUCCCACAGGAUUUUACUAAAAAUAUUUUGUUGUUGUUGAAACAGCCUCUAGAACUGGACAUUAAACAUUAAAGUUA